AUCGGCGGAGAGUGUCAGAUGACGUACCGCUACACUGACGGCGCUCUCUACCCAACGUCACGCGUUGUCAGGCGAAUCCGCUCAAAGGGUUAAACCAGCGAGGCUGCGCAUUAUAUGUCUGAACUGCGCAGGUGUGGCGCGGUUGUGUUAGAGCUUUAAAUUGUCAUAAAUAACAAACCAUUGAAUCUUCCAGGAGGUUCUUAUUUCUGAUGGCAUGAAUAGAGUUGGCCACAAACGCAGUAGUGUAGUCUAUUGGAAGGAGCUUUGAUGCUAUUUUAGUUUCACUUGGUUUGAUUAUUCCUUACAAUCGAUCUUGCCACCCAUUAUACCCUACUUCUGAUGGUGCUUACUUGGCUUACAAGGGUAAUCGGGUUCUUUCUGACUCUAUCCUGUAGGGAUAGAUCUUUUAAGACCAAAGCCAGAAUUAAUACAAGUUUGGUCGUUUGGUCAUCACCAAUCUUUCGUCCUUUCUGCAUUUGUAACAGUUGAAUGGGAGCAGCUGGAUUAUCGGAUAAACCUUCAGUAAUCUAUUGAUGAGCGGCCACCAGAGGGGAGACGUGAGUUGAGAGUUGGAUGUGACGACAAACCCGGAAGUGUGGCCACAUCAGCAGGAGAGUUUGAGAGCUCGGUUUGACAGCAGGCAACAUUCCACUGAUAUCAAUCCCAAACAAGAUAGCCACAACCAAACAGUUGCGCGUAUUGUAUUGCCUGAACAGUCAUAUGCAAUGGCUGAGUUUGAGGCGACAUCCCAGAAGUCGGCUCUGCAUCCUAAACCUGCAGGACUGGUUCUACAGUAUGGCACCGCCGGGUUCCGUACCGCGGCCAAGCAACUGGACCAUGUGAUGUUCCGUAUGGGCUUACUGGCUGCUCUCCGGUCCCGUCGGACUCGAGCCACAAUAGGAGUGAUGGUUACCGCCUCACACAACCCAGAGGAGGAUAAUGGUGUGAAACUGAUCGACCCGAUGGGGGAGAUGCUGGAGGUGGCGUGGGAGGGCUACGCCACGCAGUUGGCCAACGCAGAGCAGGACGGGCUUGUGACCGCGCUCAGGGACCUGACCGAGAGGGAGGCCAUCAACAUGGACCUGAGCGCCAGUGUGUUCAUCGGCAGAGACACCAGGCCGAGUAGCAAGAUCAUGUCGCAGGCCGUGCAAGAUGGAGUAUCCGCACUUGGUGGGCACUGUGAAGAUUUUGGCCUGGUGACUACGCCUCAGCUGCACUACCUUGUGUGCUGUCAGAACACCCAGGGUCGCUAUGGCGACAUCAGUGUGGAGGGUUACUACAAGAAACUCUCAAAGGCUUUCAUCAAGCUCACCGAGCAUGCGCCUGUGCUGCAACCCCUGCGUGUGGACGGAGCGAAUGGGAUCGGUGCCCUGCAGCUGAAGGCCCUGGAGCCCUACCUGCACGGACACCUGGCGGUCGUGCUCGCCAACGAUGGCUCCACAGGGAAACUAAACCACCUGUGCGGUGCAGACCACGUCAAAGUCCAGCAGGGGGCGCCACAAGGGAUGGAGAUGGGCCUUGGGGAGAGAUGCUGCUCCUUCGACGGGGACGGCGACCGCAUCGUUUACUACUAUAACGCCGAUAAGGGUCGCUUUCACCUGCUGGAUGGAGACAAGAUAGCCACACUUAUCAGCACUUUUAUUAAAGAGCUGCUGACAAAGGCUGGGCUGGACCUGCAGCUGGCCGUGGUCCAGACGGCGUACGCUAACGGGAGCUCCACACACUACCUGGAGGACAGCAUGAAGGUGACUGUGCGCUGUGCGAAGACAGGGGUAAAGCACCUGCACCACGCGGCCCUGGACUUCCAUGUGGGUGUAUACUUCGAGGCCAAUGGUCACGGCACGGUUCUGUUCAGUAAAGAAGCAGAGGAGAAGAUCCACAAGCUGGCUGAAGACCCCAGCGCUCCAGAGGAGAGGAGAAACGCUGCCGUCCAGCUGGAGAACACAAUCAACCUCAUCAACCAGACCGUAGGCGAUGCUAUCUCAGACAUGCUGUUAAUUGAGGCUGUGCUGGCAGUGAAAGGACUCACAGUUCAACAGUGGGACACCAUUUACACAGACCUGCCCAACAGACAACUCAAAGUCAAGGUGGCAGACAGACGUGUGAUUGACACGACAGAUGCUGAGAGAAAGACCACCAGCCCUGCAGGCCUACAGGAAGCUAUUGACACGCUGAACAGGAAGUACCGCCUCUCUCGAUCAUUUGUUCGCCCCUCUGGGACUGAGGAUGUGGUGAGGGUGUAUGCAGAGGCAGAGACACGGGAGAGUGCUGAUGCCCUAGCACACGAGGUCAGCCUUGCCGUGUACCGUCUGGCUGGAGGAGUUGGAGAAGAGCCUAAGCCUUUACACUAACCACACACUCUCUCACUCUCUCUCUCUCUCUCUCUCUCUCUCUCCCCCACUUUCUCUCUUUCUCUCUCACACACACACACAUAUCCACAGACUUAAAUGCAUACGCAGAAAUGAAUGCAUUUGCAUUUACAAUCAGUUUAUUCUGUAAAAAAAAAAGGGACCUGCUAAGUGUGUGUCUGAAGAUCACCACCUCCCUCAUACAGCUGGACACAGAUGGAGGUUCUCUGAUAGAACCUUAGUACAUGGUGUUCAGGGAACAGCACAUCCAUGCUUGAGGCCUUAAGCACUGAUUGGUGCCAAAUUGUGUUUACCACACUCUCAUUCUGACUGGACCCCUUUCGGCAACCACAGGCAGAGGUGGAACACUUCAGUAACAGAGAGUUUAGAUCUCGUCUUGUUUUCGCCCUAAACAUGUUUUAGAGCAGCUUACUCCGGUGAUAAGCUGUUCUUAUUCGCCCUAAACAUGUUUUAGAGCAGCUUGCUCCGGUGAUAAGCUGUUCUUAUUGUGCCAAGUAGGGAACUACCUGAUGGUUUGAUUUAGACCUGAUGGAGACUUUUUAAGGUUAUAAACAUACCUGACAUAGAGGGCCCUCAUUUCACUGAUGGGCAACUGGCAAUCAGCCACGCAUGAACUGGAGAUCAUUUAAUAACUUGGCAAAAUCUUUGUUAAUUUAAUACCAUUAGCAAAAUUUUAAGUGCAAACAUGGGUUUGUCAGCGCUGUUCUCCCACAUUUCACACAAAAACUUUAGUUCGGAUUUUGCUCCUUGCCCAGUUUUAAUUGGUUAGGAAGGGAUUCAUCUUCAGGUUGAACACUAAAGUGUAAAGUUACUGUAAUUUGAGGAAUAUGCAAAGUUUGUUUUUGCCGUAAUGUGAAGUGUGUUGCAUUAGUCUUCACUCGUGUGUGUUUUUUGUUUACAUUUCUAUAAAACUGGACAGAUUGAGUAUAUGGGAUAAUAGUGAUUAAAACACUGUGACAAUGA